AGCCAUAACCAUUGGAACCUAACUCAUUGAACAAAGCUUGGUAACCAUGGAGAGCACCGAAUCAUCCACGUGUUCGCAACAACCGAACCUGCCACCAGGUUUUCGAUUCCACCCCACAGACGAGGAGCUAGUUGUUCACUACCUCAAGAAGAAGGUUGCCUCUGUUCCUCUCCCUGUUGCCAUCAUAGCUGAGGUCGAUCUCUACAAAUUUGAUCCAUGGGAGCUACCAGCUAAGGCAUCGUUUGGGGAGGAAGAGUGGUACUUUUUUAGCCCAAGGGAUAGGAAGUACCCUAACGGAGCAAGGCCAAACAGGGCUGCAACUUCUGGGUAUUGGAAAGCCACAGGGACAGAUAAGCCUGUGUUGUCCUCUGCUGGAACUCAUAAGGUUGGGGUGAAGAAAUCUUUGGUUUUCUAUGGAGGAAAACCACCAAGAGGGAUUAAGACAAGUUGGAUCAUGCAUGAGUACCGUAUUGCUGAUAACAAGCCUAAUAAUAAGCCUCCUGGUUUUUGUGACUUGGGUAACAAGAAAAACUCUCUAAGGCUUGAUGAUUGGGUGUUAUGCCGGAUCUACAAGAAGGGCAAUACACACAGGUCGAAUGUAGAUCGUGACAGGGAUGAUAAUUCCAUGGAUGACGUGAUUGGAAGGGUACCUCCUUCAAUCAACGUGGGCCACAUGAAUGCGAGACUUCACCUUUCAAAGAUGUCCACAAACUCCUACAGUGGCGCAUUGUUAGAAAAUGAUCAAAAUUUGUUGGAUGGUGUGGUUAUAGGCAAUGAUGGAAUCAGCACAACAAGUGCUAUAUCAUAUCAUUUGGGCCUCUCAAACUCCAAUUCAAACACUUCAGCUUCCAAAAGAACACUAUCAUCACUGUAUUGGAAUGAUGAGGAUGUGGCUGGUACCUCAUUAUCUAACAAACAGUUUAAUUUAGAGAGUACUAUGAAUGGUGGCAGUGUUGUGAGGACAGAAGAGAAUGGCUCUAUUGCCACUCUGCUUAACCAGCUUCCACAAACACCUUCAUUGCACCAACAAACAAUGCUGGGGCCUAUAGGAGAUGGGUUACUUCGAUCACCAUAUCAAAUACAAGGGAUGAAUUGGUAUGGUUAGUUAACAUGCACCUCUUUGGUAUGAUGAUUUUAUUAUAUUGAUGCAUGAGGAGAUAUUGAACUAAGAAAGUGGAAGGAAUCCUCAGCUUGGUGCCUCACAACACUCCUUAUCUCCUACUAAUUAAAUUGUAGAGAUUUAAAGGUGUUAUUGAGAUUUCGGCUUGUUAGGAAACUGGAAGCAUGUUAGAGUCUAAUCAAUGGCCUCAAAUUCCUUCAACCAUUUGCAGGUAGCACACAUAAUUAAGGUGAGGCCAUGGUAAUUUUAGUUAAACUUACAUAUAGCUUGGUGAUACAUACAUAUAUAUAGGUAUUUGAUUGUUUCAUAUUAUGUAAAGAAACAAAGUGAGGGUGCUCUUUGUGUACAAAAAUUCAAA